CGGUACAUAGUGAGGUAGCCGAGUGGGGGUGGUGGGUGGCUCUGACUCUCUGACCCAUAUGUACCUAUGCUCUCAUAUAUUAUAUGUGGACUCAGGGCUUGUCAUUACCCCUAGUUUCAUUGCGCUCCUUAUCGAAUUUAUCAGCUCUAACCAUGGCAACCAUCUCGUUAAUCGUUUUCUCUCCUUUUUCCCUCACAAUUGCAACUGUACCAACUCCUAGAUAGCUAUAAUUGCUUUUCGUUUUGAAUGUUCGGUCUCUUAGUUCUUCUUUUAUGAGUGUGAGGGCGGGUGGAGUUAAACUUCCUCCACUUGCAACUAAGAAGAAGAGGAGGUCAAAGCAGCCUAAAAGUAGCGUUGUUCCACAUGAAACGGAGUACGAGUUAACUCCGACUGAUUCAGAUUACAUUGCUUUUGUUGGCAGUAAGCAGGAGGAAACCCCAAUAGAUGUACCCAGUCAGUUUGAAGACAGUUCAACUGUAAUUCUAAACAAUGUCGUCAACCCUGAGAGUGAGAUUGAAAGAGAAAAGGAGGAGGAAAUGCUGAGGAACAAUAUUGAUUUAGAGGCCGGGGAGAAACACGAUCUAGUCUCUAAUGAGGGCACCAACCAUAAAGUAGUGAAUGUUCGGCCAACAUCUGCGGCAGGGACGAAUGUUCCUGAAGAUGGAGAAGUCGGAGAUAAACCAAAACAACAAGCUACGGUUAUUAAAAACGAGCUUGCUGACCAUAAAAGUAUACAAGACCGUCCACCCUCUACUCGACCGCUCUCCGCGCCAGAAAUAUAUUUACCAGAUGAAUACAAAGAAAAAAAUAUAUCAAAUACUGAGGAAGCUAAAGAUGAAGAAGCUAAGGCUGACACUGAGGAAGCUAAUUCUGAGGAAGCUAAUCUUCGGCCAGGAGACCAGGUGUGGACAGACUCUGUUUAUGACAGUGACGAACUGGAUGAUGCAGUGGUUGGGGGCACAGCUGGCGGUGAAGAUGGGGAAGGUCAGGAAUUGAAGGUACCCAGGAGUUUCCUCCGAAGAUCAAGCGAGCAAGGAAAGAAAUUUAAAUUUGCAGUAACGAAAGUGUUGCUAGACAGAAUGGCGAACAAAACAGCGCUAGAUCAGAAGUUAAAAGUGCACCCAACCUCAGAGGAAGGGAGCAAUGGGAACCAUCUCGGUCCAGAUGGUAAGAAUAACGUACAGAGCAUGGCCAGUGUUGCACAGACCAUCACAUUCAUCAGACGUAUCAGCAAACGCACCGGCAAAAAGGAGCCGGAUGAGUUUUUACAGCGGCUCAACUUUGGAGCUGCGGCAGACAUAAAAGAGAACAAACCUCUCAGCACAAAGGACAAGGGAUGGAACUGUUUGAUAAACUUCUUUUGCCACUUCGUAUUCGACCCUUUUUCUGAUAUAUACUACUAUUGGCUAUCCAUCAUUUCGCUGGCAGUCCUUUACAACUUCAUUAUAAUUCCAGCCAGAAUUUCCUUCAGUGAGCUGGAGGAAGGCAACUUCUUCACAACUUGGAUGGUUAUUGACAUCUUAGCUGAUGUUUUGUACGUCCUAGAUUUCUUCGCUUCGUUUCGAAUAGGUUUUUUGGAGCGAGGUCUGUUAGUGACAGACACAGCACAACUUUCAAAGAAGUAUGUGAAGAGCAUGGCUUUCUACAUCGACAUAUUCAGUAUAAUUCCUACUCAGAUCGUCUACGCCUUUCGCCUCUCCACCGCCUCAAUAUACAUCGCCCCUCUUAUCCGUCUCAGCAAAUUCUUCAAAUUCCACCGUUUAGUGGCGUGGAACGACAGAACAGAGUGCAGGACGAGUGUGCCCACUCUGUGGAGGAUAGUCACUCUCUUCACCAUCAUGCUCAUGGUCAUGCACUGGAACGCGUGCCUCUACUUCUUCGUGUCUACCACUGUUAUCAGACAAAACCCAAACACUCACCCUAACCGCAGCAAGUUCAUUUACCCGUAUGAUACGGAGAAGAACGGUACUAAGAACAAGUACGCUAGUACAGCUAUGAAGUACGCCGUGUCGCUCUAUUGGUCCACUCAGACUAUGACCACGAUAGGUGAGAUGGAGCAGCCUGAAGAGCUAUGGGAGUAUGUUUACCUGACUAUUAUAUUCCUUAUUGGGGUCAUGAUAUUCGCUUCAGUUGUGGGUAGUAUCGGUAAUAUCAUCACAAACUUAAGAGCAAACAGGAGCGUGUUUCAAGAUAGACUUGAUCAUCUUAAGGAGUAUAUGGGCUACAGAAAUGUGGGCAAGGACCUUCAAAAUAGAAUCAUUCGGUGGUUCGACUAUUUGUGGGCUCAAAACCAUACUUUUGAGGAGGAAGAUGUGUUAAAGUAUUUACCAGAUAAACUUCAAGCCGAAAUGGCUAUACACGUACAUUUAGCAACUUUAAAGCAGGUGGAACUAUUCCAAAACUGCGAGUCCGGCUUUCUAAUAGCACUUGUGCUUAAACUUAAACAUCAGGUGUACUCUCCUGGCGACUACGUUUGUAGAAAGGGGGAUAUUGGCAGAGAAAUGUUCAUAGUAAAGCAAGGCAUGUUGCAAGUAACAGCAGAUGACGGUAGAGCUCUAGCCACCUUAUCAGACGGGUCCUACUUUGGGGAGAUCAGUCUGCUGAACGUGGGUAAGAACGGAAACAGACGGACUGCUAACGUGAGGAGUGUGGGGUACUCGGACUUGUUCUGCUUGAGGAAGGAGGAUCUGCUCCACGCUCUCAACGACUACCCAGAGAUGAGGGAGGUCCUCAAGGAGGCAGCCAGGAAAAAACUCAACCUCAAUAACCAAUCACCACGACCAGAGACUCCCGAGGCUGCACGGCAGAAGCUAGCUCGUGAUGCUAAGCCCCAACAAGACGAGGACACCACAGAGACUGAGAGGAGAAUUAGUUUUACAAACAGUGUGGAACUGGCAGACACUCUCGGAAAGAGAUUGGAAGAUCUGGAGAAACUAGUUCUCACUCUAGCUAAAGAGAUAAAGACGACGAAUAAGAGCGUGUUAACACUGCAGAAACAGCUCACUAAAGUCUAUCCUAACUCCAAGUCGGACAGUAGUAGUAGCAGCAGUAGUGACGAUGAAUCAUGAUCUUAAAAUACAGGUCGAUUAGCAACAAUUGGGCGGGGACCAACUGAGAGCUGACAGAGAAAGAACAGAGACUACAAAACAACCUCACCAGAAAGCCACAUUAAUACUCACGAUACAUAGAGUAGAUUUGCAUAAUGAGCCUAGAGGAUUUUAAUCAGAGUUUAGUAACCGUCCUAGGACAAUGAUCUUAUAAGAGCUUGAAAAGAACAACAAGACCGGGCAGAAGUGUGAGACUGUUAACAAGUGAUCUCAAAAGAAGGACAAAUCUGUUUUGGGUUUAGAGCUACUGAUAUGUUUGGUAGUUCACGAGUUAUGCUAUUACUGAAUAUGAUAAAACACGCACACGCCCACACACACGCCCACACACACGCCCACACACACGCUCACACACACGCUCACACACACGCUCACACACACGCCCACACACACGCUCACACACACACACGCACACGCCCACACACACGCUCACACACGCGCACAACACUGCGCUAAGUUGAAAGAUGAAUAUUUGAAAGAUGAAUAUUUGAAAGAUAAGAUACCAAUUAGAAUGCUCUCACUAGAAGAAUUAUAGUGACCGAUGUAAAAUGCCACGUUUUAGCCGUGCGGGAGAGUAGUGUAUUGAUUAAUUGCAUCCAUUUUCUCUGACGAUAUGCUUAUUAAUUUCAUGUUCAAUAACGUGUUAAAAAUGUAAAGCAAUUUCGUAUUUUCUAUGAUAUUUAUAUUGAAAU